GCUUUCGCAUCGUCGCCCGUUGACUCGCCGUCGUCGUCCUUCUUUGCCGCCGCCGCCCCGGACCUUGACGGUCUCGCCCAGGCACCAGCGCCCGUCGCCCGCGCCAUCCUCGUGGCCCUCUGCGAUGACCGAAGGGUUCGAGCCCAGGCGUUGAGGCAGCUUGAGCGGCUGCUGCGCUUCGAGGCCGAUGUCCGCGAGGAGGAGGAGGAGGAGGAGGAGGAUGCCGUCAAGAGGAGCCCCAAUUCCAUCUCAAGUCCGUCAAAUCCAAAAAAGAGAAAGGCAACCGGCGAGCCCAAGAUUUGUGUUCAGUGCGACGGCAUCUUCACGGCCGAUGAGAACAGCUUUGGGUCAUGUUGGUACCACUCAGGCGAGCUGGAGCUUUGGGAUGAGACGCAAAUACCACCAACAAUCUGGGACGAGGUAUCGUCAGACGAGCUGGACACGGAUUCCAAUCGCCUAGAGUAUCCCGCGGCGUUCCGAUGGUGCUGCUGCCAGAGGCUGGGCGACAGGCAGGGCUGCGUGCGCGGCAUGCACGAGGCCAACCCGGACAGGAGCAAAAAGGGCCGCGGCAACGAGCUGUCCGACCUCGAGGACGAUCCGCUGGAGCUCGACGACGCCUCGUCGCAGGAGUUGGGACCGCCGCCGCAUCAGCAGCACUACACGAUCUCGAGU